AAGGCUAUGAAUUAUUACUAGAAACUAAGACUAUCCAAACAUUUCGCUUAAAUAGUUAAUUUCAUACGUUGAAUUUCCGCAGCACCUAAACUCUUCAUAAUUGUAGUUUAGUCCCACAAUUCCGCAAAUCUAAAUAUUUGAGUACUUAAUUGCACCACUGACACUAUCAUCAGCGGCUCCACAAUGUCUGGGUAGCCUACGGAAUUAUCACUUCAACCCUUUUCACCGCUAAAAGUGUAUUUUGAGCCACUGAUUAUCAAUUCAUUACUGCAAACUUCAGCUAAAGCUAAUCAACUAUGUAGCAGACCAGUAAUUACCAAUCGACGCAUUGAAGCUAUCUUUGGUAUCACCGAGGGUUCACACUCUUCACACACAAACAAUCAGCUCAUUCGUUUUCGAACUACUACAAGAAAAUGAUAUUCAAAGCAACCCCAGAGUUUGCCAUCGCCUUCACCAAAUUCACUUCGAUACUUGGCAGUUCUUGGCCUCACUACCAAGGAGCAAACAAGUUCCAGCUCAUUGUUUUCACUGUAAAAUGGUGGUUUUGUUGGAUCAUGUCAAUAAUGGCAUUUCUGCCGAUGUGCUACGCCGCGUACAACAAUACCAAUAAUAUAUUGAGUUUUACAAAGUCAUUGUGUGAUGCUGCCAAUUGUAGCCAAGCUUUCAUCAAAAUGUUUUUAUGCAAAAUACAUUUUCGAAAACUUCAGUUUCUUCUCUGUGAAAUGGAAGGACAUGUUGCUCAAGCAGGAAAUAAUGAAAGAGAUUUAUUCAUAAAUUACAUCAAAAGAUGUGGAAGAUUACACGUGACGAUAAUGAUGUCUGCUGUUUUUGCAGCAUUUGUGAUCAUUAUUUCGCCACUAAGUGCCCCACAGCCGUUUCCCAAUAUUGCUGAAUAUCCAUUCCCUGUGGAUGGACACCCAACUUUUGAGAUUAUCUACUUGCAACAAAGCAUAGCGACUAUCCAUUGCAUGUCAAUCCCAGUUUUUGACUGCCAAAUCGCUAUGUUGCUGUGGUACGCUGGUGCAAGGCUGGAAUUGUUGGGCGAAGAGUUUCAGAAUGUCACCAGCAACUACCAGUUCAUAGAUUGUGUCAGAAAACAUCAGUAUUUAUUGUGGUUCAUCGAAGAAAUUAUAACAAGUAGUCGUCAUAUUUUAGCAACGACGGUUGUUAUGUGCACGAUUGCUGUCAUCACCAGUGGAGUUCAUAUUGUUGGGAAUGAACCAGUGGCUGAUAAAGUACCCUUUGUUGUUUUGUCAAUGGGGUUAUCGGCGGUGUUGUAUCUUUGUGCAUGGCCAUCUGAGCAUCUUUCGCAAAUGUGUGAAAAUAUAGGGACUGCGCUAUACAAUUCUCCUUGGAUCAAAAAUUCAAAAGAAUUGAAUAAAAGUAUUUUCAUCGUAAUACAAAGAUCUCAAAAACCAGCGACCAUUGAAGUAGCCGGAGUUCUGCCUGUACUUUCGCUGCCUUACUACGCAACAUUUUUAUCAAAAACAUUUUCAUAUUUCACAACGCUGCGAGUAGUGUUGGAAAAAAUGGAAGGCUAAUUAAUCACUAGUUGCAAUUGUUAGAUAUUUGAUUUAUAAAAUACUGUUUAAUACAAUAUACUACAAAAGAAGCAGAAAUGUUAAUUAGAUUGACUAAAA